CUUACUUUUCUUCCUGGUUACGUCACAACAAGUGGCAGGUCAUGAAAGCAAAUCUUUGAUUUUUCUUUUUGGUAGGAACAACAACAUCAGUUUUAAAUCACGAUGUUUAAGGGCUGGGGAUCGUGGCUUGGUAUACAGGACACCACGUCCUCCAACACGGAGAACACGGAGUUACCCGUCGAGGUUGUCGAGGAGGAGAAGAUUGUCCAAGCACAGAACGAAGUAAACAAACAACAGACAGAGCAGGAGCCAGAGCAGGAGCCAACUCCUCCACAGCAGCCCCAAGAAGCAGGAAAGGGACUCAGCGAAUACAUCUUCAGCUUUGCAAGUAGUGCCACUAAGAAGAUAUCAGACUCUGUUUCCGAGACCGCACAGAGCAUCAAAAAGAGCGUAGAAGAUGGGAACAUCGAUGGAAUUAUUGACAAGACAAUUCUAGGAGAUUUUCAAAAAGAACAACAGAAAUUUGUGGAGGAAAAGAAGGCCAAGAAGUCAGAUGCAGCUGUUCCUCCCUGGGUGGGAUACAGUGAGGAGGAAACCAUUCAGCAGCAGAUCCUGGCUCUGUCUGCAGACCGAAGGAACUUCCUGCGUGACCCCCCUGCUGGCGUCCAGUUCCACUUCGACUCGGAGCAGAUGUACCCCAUUGCUAUGGUGAUGCUGCAGGAGGACGAACUACUGAACCGGAUGCGCUUUGACCUCGUUCCAAAACACGUAAAGGAGGAGAUGUUCUGGAGGAACUACUUCUACAGGGUGUCCCUUGUGAAACAGUCGGCCCAGCUGACAGCCCUGGCUGCCCAGCAGCAGGCCUCAGAGCCCAGGGACACCGAGGACAAGGAGGUGGCCCACCCGGAAGACGUCAGCCUCACCGAGAACAUAAGACCCAAGACCCCUCCUGUGUCCAUCAGUGACAGGUCCAAAACUGCAGAGCAGCACGAGGAGGAGGAGAUCUCCACCAGUCCAGGGGUGUCUGAGUUUGUGAGCGACGCCUUCGACACGUGCGACAUCGACCAGGAAGACCUGAGGAAGGAGAUGAAGCAGCUGGUCCUGGACAAGAAGGGGGAGACAGAAACUCCAGAGGGGGUCACCUAUAAAGGAGACCUGGGUCUCAGUGUCUCUACUACUUUUAAAGAGGAGUGUUCAGACUGGGAGAAGGAGCUCCAGCAGGAGCUGCAGGAGUACGAGGUGGUGGCCGAGUCUGACAACAAGGAUGACAAGUGGGACCAGGAGAUCGAGGACAUGCUCCAGGGGGAUGACAGCUAGACUGACCCCUCCCAUAUCACCUUGCAGGCGCCACACAAUAGCUCUCCUCCCCCAGCACUCGCGCAGAUCUGAGAGGAGGGGAUAGGUAUAAUAAAUGUGACAAAUAAGAGAAAUCCCAAUAAAUAUGCAGGGGAGUUAUGUCUGACAUCUGUGAUUCUGCCUAUCAGCUCUUUUUGGAUCUAACAGUGCAUUGGUGCCAGUUUUGUUGGCCUGUAGGAGACAUCCUGAAGGACCUGCAAUUAUUGGUAGCUUAAUACUACUGCAACCUGAGAUGAACUGUUGGGUUAUACAACUGUAAGGCUUUUGUUCAAGUCUUAGAUGGAAUCAUUCUACUUUGGGCUGAUUUGUUAAAAUAAAUGUGUUUACUUUUUUUCUUA